AUGAAGAUUUACAUUAUAUUUCUAAUUUUUGAAACUUAUUAUAUAUCAGCGUUUUCUGGUUUACAUGAAGCUGAAGUUGGAAAAUCUACUGUUAUUGAAUUUUCGAGGGAGAAAAUCAGAGGAUUUUCGAGGAUUUUUGAGAAUGGAACCAAGCAGAUUUAUGAUUUGAAUGGGAAUUAUUGGAAGGAUGAGGUGAGUGAUAGAGAAGUUGGGCUAACUUGAAUUUUAGAAAAAAUUUUCUCAAAGAUCUAUACAGCGUAAUUGCGUAGUGUCGUAAUCAAGUCAAUUUUUUUCACAGAACGGCAAUCCUGUUGGCAAUUCCGGAAACUACAUUUUCACGCCUCCCGGUUCUCUCCUAAUCAAAAAAGUCACAAAAUCCGAUGCCGCGCACUACAAUCAUAUUCCAUGGAACCUCCAAGAUCUCACGAUUUCCCCACCGGGAGUUCAAAUUGAUCCAGGACAAACCGGCAUUUUUCUACAUGUUUUUUGA